GAAUCCGGCCCGGACUCGGUAGUCUGGGUUGUCGAGAGCACGUCAGACCGCCCGCCGGCCUGGCUCUCUGUUGCCGCAAUUGGGGCCCGCGUCCGCUCGUUCGGCUCUCUUUAUUUGCUCGGUAUUCCCUAAUCUAAUGUUUUGAAUUAUAUUCACUACCCAUCAUCGACCCGUCAUGAGAGCGAGGGCACCCGUCCUUGCCGGCCUGCUGUCCCUCGCGGCGCAGACCGGCAGGGCCGAUCCGACAUGGCCCGCCGCAACCGACCACAUGGAGGAGAUCGUCUACCAGCUGCAGGGCUUCCGGGGCAGUCUGUUCAACGACAUCAUCACGCCCUGCGACAACGAGGCCGCCGGCCCGGGCCGCAUCACGGCGAGCGAGUGGCUGCGUGUCGGUUUCCAUGACAUGGCACCGCACAACAAGUACUUCGGCACCAACGGUGUCGACGGCUCGCUGCAGUUCGAGCUCAACGACGGCGAGAACACGGGCCCCGGCCACGCCACGACCCUCAAGUUCUUGGCCAACUACCUGUCGAGCCGGUCCAGCCUGGCCGACUUGAUUGCCGCCGGCGUGUACGCCUCGGUCCGCUCAUGCGGCGGCCCCGUCGUCCCCCUGAGAUUGGGUCGCGUCGAUGCCACCGAGGGCGGCAAUGGCGUUCCCCAGCCCCAGAACUCCAUUGGUACCUUCAUAUCGCAGUUCGACCGCAUGGGCUUCAACGCGACCGAGAUGAUCCAGCUGGUGGCGUGCGGCCACACCCUCGGGUCCGUCCACAGCCCCGAGUUCCCCGAAAUCGUCCCCGCCGCUACCGGCCAGAUCUCCUUCGACUCGUCCAACGCCGUCUACGACAACAAGGUGGUCACCGAGUAUGUCGCCGGCAACACGACCAACCCGCUCGUCGUCGGCGCCUCCAUCGCCGUCGGCCGCAACUCGGACGGCAGGAUCUUCGGCUCGGACGGCAAUGUCACCAUCCGCGCCAUGGCCGAUCCUACCGUCUACCGCAACACGUGCCAGGCCCUGCUCCAGCGCAUGAUCGAAGUUGUCCCCGCCGGCGUCACGCUCACCCCCGACCCGAUCGCCCCCUAUGCCGUCAAGCCGGUCGGCAUGCAGUUGACCCUCAACGACGGCGCCGCGACUCUCCUCCUGAGCGGGUACAUCCGGGUCCGGACCACGGAGCUUCCCGCCAGUUCCAUCACGAACGUCGUGCUGACCUGGAAGGACCGCAACGGCGGCAACAGCUGCGGUUCGUCCGCCACUUGCUCCGUGACGGCUACCUUACAGGGCGUCGCGAACGGGUUCGACGAUACCUUCGGCUUCUUCCCCAUCCAAGCGACAAUCCCGGUUGCGUCGGGCAUCUCGUCCUUCACUCUCGUUCUCAAUUUCAACGACGGCACCAGCAAGAGCUACGACAACAACGGGAACUCGUACCCGAUGUCUGAUGCCGUGAUCCUCCAGAAGCCUCAGAGCUGCCUGCUCCAGGGAUCUGGCGCCCUCACUGUCUCCGCUCUCGUCCGCAACGACAUUGUGGGACUCCCCGUCAACCUGGGCGUUUCCUAUCUGGUCCCCCGCAACACGACCGACGGUAACCCCGUCCCGGCGCUGACCCAGGCCAACAUCACCAUGACCGCGGGCGAUUGCGUCGGCCAGUACACGUUCUACACGGCAAGCUUCACCAUCUAUGGCGGCCUGAGCUACAACGCCAGGCUCAGCGUGACGGCCGGAUCCGGCGCCACCGCCUACUCGGACGACUUCAUCAAGGCCAGCGACCUCUCCGGCACUUGCGGCACGUUCUCCGGCAGUGCUACCUGCGCCAACGUCACCGUCUCGUCCACCUCCUCCCUCCCGACCUCCACGACCUCGAGUUCCACUAGUGUUUCGGCCACCACCACCACCACCACCACCAGCUCAACGGCUGCCCCAACGCCGACCAUCAAGACGAAUGUCGGUGGUUACGUCUUUGUCAGCUGCUGGACUGAGGGGACGGGUGUGCGCGCGCUCAGCGAGGCCUCGUUCGCCUACGAUAGCAUGACGCUCGAGUCCUGCAUGGCCAACUGCACUGGGUUCGACUACUGGGCCACCGAGUACGGCAGGGAGUGCUACUGCGGGAACAGCCUGGCGUCGAGCAGCGCCCAGGCGCCCAACGGGGACUGCAGCAUGCUCUGCGCCGGCGACCCCAGCGAGUUCUGCGGCGCCGGUAACCGUCUGGAGCUGUACUCGACCACUGCGACCCGGACGACGUCUGCCACCCCGACACCGACCGCAACACUCGCCGUCAAGCCUACGGUGGGCGACUACGUCUUUGUCGGCUGCCAGACCGAGGCGACGUCCCAGCGGGCGCUGUCGGAGAAGACCUACGCCGACGACUCGAUGACGCUGGAGUCGUGCGCCGCGUUCUGCGCCGGCUUCACCUACUUCGGUACCGAGUACGGCCGCGAGUGUGAGUAACCCUGCGCUAUAUCUAUAUCCCGUUUCUAUGUGGGAAGCAAAUAGCACUAACAGAUGCGACAGGCUACUGCGGCAACAGCCUGAACGACGGCAGCGUCUCGGCUGCUGCCACCGACUGCAACAUGGUGUGCGCCGGAGAUGCCUACGAGUACUGCGGCGCGGGCAACCGGCUGGAGCUCUACAAGGUCGGUAGCGCGUCCUCUACAUCUAGCGCACCCGCCACCACCACCACCGCCGC